UCGUUAAUGGCGCCGCACUGUUUCCGCUGCACACAGCAUUGUUGUCAGUUCUAGUGUUUGUGCAGCAAAAUAACAACUCAAUUUGUUGUUGUGCGGCUAUUUACAACAAAUCCACCGCAUCAAUUAUCACUCCCGCAUAAUUACCAAGUGAUCAACAUCGCGUCCAGGGUGGUCAGAGGGCUGCAAGCGUACGGAUUGGCGUUGUUUAGAAUGUAAUACGUAAGGACCUUGAAACGUUGUCGAUUGGUAAUCAGCUCGCAUCCGGUGACUGUCAAAAGGCGCUAGAUUCAAAUCCCACCAGCGAAUCACAUACAAAAUGGAAGGAUCCGAAGAAGAGUUACUCGAGAAUGUGACCGAUGAGUCCGGUAACAGCUACAUGAUUCAACGUAUGACCGUUGAUAAUGCACAAUUAUUAGGCACAGAAAUCUUACAAACUCCAAAUGGUUUGGUUGUUGACUUGGGUGGUGAUUUCAUCCCUGUUAACUACAGUUCUGAAGAUUUGCUUACACAUGACAUUACAGAAGAGGAUAGAAAUCUAGCUGCUGCUUUGGUGGCUGUACAAUUCAGCCAGCAGCAAAAACAGCAACAGACACAGUCUGAUGGUAGUGUUAUUGUGAAUACAUCACUACCAUCAUUGCUAACUACACUUGAUGGAUCAAAAGUCCAACUGGGUGAACAACAAGUUCUCCUGCAGGAUAAACAAACAGGUUUUCUUCAAAUUGUUGAUGCAGAUGAACUGUACAAGCAGGAUUUCGCCAAGUUUGAUGAAAACACCCAACAAUUGCAGCUGAUUAAAGCAGAGGAUCAUGUCCAGGAGGUUGAAGCAAGGCCAGCAAAGAAAAGCCUCCCACACAAGAAGAGAAUUCCAAGAAAACUCAAGAAGAAUGAGAAGACUAUUGUUACAAAGCUACAGAAAUGUUCCUACUGUAAUCAAUACUUUGCUCUAGAAGAGAUUAAUGAUCAUCAAGCUGUUUGUCAAGCAAACAUUGCUCCUGUGAAUUCUUUCGCUUGUCAGUUAUGCUCGACUAGUUUCAGUGAUCAGUUGGCUUUCUUUGAGCAUCUGAAGAAGCACUAUGAGCCUGUGCAAGGUGACAAAGCAGGGGAGGUUGAAGAAAUUGAAGAUCAGUCUGAAUCUGCAGAUGCUAUUUCAGAUCACAUCACUAUUUUAAAAGAUGAUGAUAUACUGCACAAUCAUGAAGGAACAAUCAUCAAGAUUGAAGGUGCUAAUGAAGACCAGAAAGAGACGUUUUUCUCAUCGAUUCUGCAACUGACAUGCCUGCAGUGCAAUCGGACAUUCAGAAGGCAGAAGUUUUACGAAGCGCACAUGCGUGAGAUGCACGGAAACAAAGAAAUGAACGAAUUCAGCGAGACUGAAGAUUUGAUGGCAGGGAUCAACGUCAACGCACACGGGGAAGUCACCGAAAUUGAAGGUGAUACCAAAGCGUGGUAUCAUCGCGACGAUGAACUCCAAGCAACCGAAGAAGAUUUGAAAGAACUGGAGGCCAAGGAACACGUGUGUCCGAACUGUAAUCAACAGUUCAUGGAUCGCAGCACGUUGAUUGAUCACAUGCUCAAUUGUUCCGCGUAUGCUGAAGAGGAGGAGGAAGAAGAAGACGUGGUGCCUAAUAAAGUAAUUAAAGAUAAGGGAGUGAAGAAAACAAGAAGGAAGAACACUGCGAAAACUGAGCUGGAGUGCACGCUCUGCGACCGCAAGUUUCUACACCGGAAUUCAUUGGUUUAUCAUCUCAGGAGUCACACUGAACAUCGCCCUUAUCAGUGUGAUCAAUGCGGGAAGAGUUUCUUCGCGGCGAGUGCACUGAAAGUGCAUUUACGAUUGCAUUCGGGUGAGAAACCCUAUAGAUGCGAGUUUUGUGGACGCCAUUUCAGACAAUGGGGCGAUUUGAAAUACCACUGUAUUUCGAUUCACUCUGAUGAGAAACAAUAUCAAUGUGAGUAUUGCGGGAAGGAAUUUGCGAGGAAAUAUUCCCUGAUUGUUCAUCGUCGGAUUCACACCGGCGAGAAGAAUUACCGGUGUGAAUUUUGUGGAAAAAGCUUCCGGGCUUCGUCUUAUUUACAGAAUCACAGAAGAAUUCAUACAGGAGAGAAGCCACACGCGUGUGAUUUAUGCGGUAAAAGAUUCCGCGUGCGUUCUGACAUGAAACGCCACCUGAGAACACAUUCGAAGUCCCGCAGAGUGAGCAGAAUCACCGAGAUGAAAGUCGAAAGCGUCGAGCAUGUCCUCCCGCAAGAAUCGGAAGACACCAAUGAAUCAAUGACGCUCCUCAAGGAGGAAGAUGACAACGCAGUACAAUCGCUUCAGUAUGAACAAGAUGGUACUCUCGAGUCGAUACGCGAUGCGAAUACUCUGUAUGUGCACAUGCCUAUUUUGAUUUCGUGAAUGUAAUCAUUCAACAAUUGCUAAUAAUUAUGAUCUAAUUAAUUAUUAUCUGUGCUAUCCAAGCGAUAUUUUUCUUUCUUUUUAAUUAUUACGUAUUACGAAUACAGCGCGAUAUCAAAAAUAUUCGGUAUGAGUAACAAGAUGAUAAUUUUAUGAAUAAAAAUGUGAAAAUAUUUGAUCGA